AUGAACUGCACGAGAUACGUGGCCCCAACGAUUGAGGCGGGUGUCACUUCUGUGUCGAUGCGGGGCCUGAAUCGGCAAACGAGCCGCGACAGCUUGGUACAGCUCUUGUCCGCAGCUGCGCAGCUAAUGGGGGAAAGGCCGAAGCAUGAUUUUGUUUACCUGCCAUGGGCGACAAGGAAAGCCUGCAACAUUGGAUUGGCGUUUGUGAACUUUGAGGAUCACGAUUCCUGUAAACGGUUCUUCGAGGCGCUACAUCGAUACCCCGACCUUCUGACGGACUUCGAGUUCCGACAAAUCAUCCCUGCACUAAUACAAGGACGAGGCAACAAUCUCAGGGACACCAUCGACAAGCGCGGACCAGGAAUCUUGGAAGUGGACGAUGCUCCCUUGGUAUUCCAAGGAGGCCAGCAGAUUUCUUUAUUCGAUGUGGUUCAACAGGAGCUGCCAGAUGUAUGGCAGCAGAUUCAGGAGGAGACCUAUAUCAAGCCCGUUCGAAGUGAACCCCGCCUUGUAGGUUUGCAGCAGCCGCACACUUGGCCCGCUGGCGCACCACAGGCCGCCAUCUGCGGGAACCUUGCACAGCAUGGAUACCGGAUGCCAAGGUAUCCUCCGCCGGCCCGCGAAGCCAGCGAAGGCGCCAGCUCUUUCUCAGGCACCUCAGGGACCCGCCAAGGGCCUGCGACGGCGCAAGGCACCACCAGCUCAAGCUCAGGCGUUUCCCCACCUGUCCAGCCAGGCAUUGCAUCGGGCAGCCCGCCGGCCAAUGCUCUCCCAUUGCCAAGAAAGCUCAUCGGCGAACCAGCACGCGGCAGGUGA